AUGCCGACCCUGAAAAACGCGGGGCCAGGGAACCGGACCGUUCCUCGCAGCCAGCUACGUCGCGGGCCGACUGUCCCCGCCCAGGCUGGUUGGGCGCACGCGCGGCCCUACCCGCCCCCCGACGCCUGCGUCCCCGCCGAUCCCGCCCCCGGCCGGAAGUUCCGGCGGCGGAGCUGGGCCGGGCCCGAGCUGAUCGUGGGCUCGGGCUGCAGGGCUCGGGCUCGGGCUUCGGGUGCAGGGCCGUCAGGCGCGGAGCUUGGGAGCGCAGCCCAGGCCGUGCCGCUCGGCGCCAUGAAGGGCAAGGAGGAGAAGGAGGGCGGCGCGCGGCUGGGCGCUGGCGGCGGAAGCCCGGAGAAGAGCCCGAGCGCGCAGGAGCUCAAGGAACAGGGCAACCGUCUGUUUGUGGGCCGAAAGUACCCGGAGGCGGCGGCCUGCUACGGCCGCGCGAUCACCCGGAACCCGCUGGUGGCCGUGUAUUAUACCAACCGGGCCCUGUGCUACCUGAAGAUGCAGCAGCAUGAGCAGGCCCUGGCCGACUGCCGGCGCGCCCUGGAGCUGGACGGGCAGUCUGUGAAGGCGCACUUCUUCUUGGGGCAGUGCCAGCUGGAGAUGGAGAGCUAUGAUGAGGCCAUCGCCAAUUUGCAGCGAGCCUACAGCCUGGCCAAGGAGCAGCGACUGAACUUUGGGGACGACAUCCCCAGCGCUCUGCGAAUCGCGAAGAAGAAGCGCUGGAACAGCAUCGAGGAGCGGCGCAUCCACCAGGAGAGUGAGCUGCACUCCUACCUUUCGAGGCUCAUUGCGGCGGAGCGUGAGAGGGAGCUGAAAGAGUGCCAGCAGAACCACGAGGGUGACGAGGACGACAGUCACGUCCGGGCCCAGCAGGCCUGCAUUGAGGCCAAGCACGACAGAUACAUGGCGGACAUGGAUGAGCUCUUCUCUCAGGUGGAUGAGAAGAGGAAGAAGCGCGACAUCCCUGACUACCUGUGUGGCAAGAUCAGCUUUGAGCUGAUGCGGGAGCCGUGCAUCACACCCAGUGGCAUCACUUACGACCGCAAGGACAUCGAGGAGCACCUGCAGCCUCUGCCUCUUGUCACUGCAGCGUGUAGGCCAUUUUGACCCUGUGACCCGGAGCCCCCUGACGCAGGAACAGCUCAUUCCCAACCUGGCUAUGAAGGAGGUCAUUGAUGCAUUCAUCUCUGAGAACGGCUGGGUGGAGGACUACUGAGCUCCUCGCCCUGCCCAGUGUCCUGGCCCCGGAGGGCCACGGGCAGAAGCCCCCAGCCCCUGUACAUAGCUUGUGUCCCUGGCCACCCUUUCCCUUCCCCCCAGUUCUGCUGUUGGGCUCUGGACGGCUCCCCUCUCAGCAUAGCUCUUGCUGGGCUGUGAUCCUCCCCGUCCCCCAUUCUGGGCUGGAAAAGCAGGUGAGGGUGGGCUGGGCUGCGGCCACCGUCUGUGUAAUAAAAUCCGUGAGCACAA